CUGUUUUCAAGGGUAUUAAGAUGAUUCCUCCUGGCACUCAUUUUGUGUAUUACAGUUCAUCAAGCAGGUUGUUGUCCUUUCUGUGUUUAUUGGUACCGGUGACUUUUCAAUCUUGUAUGCUGUGGCAACCGUGAAUUUUGUAUUUUUUGGGAAAUAACCUUGGAACAUGAGAUGGAAAGGAGUUCUCACCAAUUGUUGGAUUCUUUAUUGAUGCUGGCCCUUCGGAGAUCGAAUGAUAGCAAUAUAACCCAAUUGGCUUGGCCCAUGAGACUGACCCAAAGAACCAAUUACUUGCAUGAAUAUGUGUGACCACAGAGAGUGAGAAAUUGCGGGUUCAGAUAUGCAAGUUUUUUAGGACUGCCAUAUUUUCAUUAUUGUUACUUUUAUUUAUGUUUUUUGUAGGAAGAUUCCUUUUCUGUUUCCUGAAUUUGCAGAUUGCCAAUGAUUGGCAUGUAAAAUAGAUGUUGUUGAAUGAAAUAAGGCAGCAGAAGUUAUCCACAAAUUCUAUCACUUUCUCUAUAUUUCUGGAGGUUCCCUUGACUUGACCUCGAAUCCAAGGUAAUUGUUCGUAAAUGGGAUCAACAAGAGGAAAGGUUAGUCAAAGUACCCGAGGAAGAGGUUUUGGGCAUUUUGAAGAAAAUGAAGAAAGAUACAGUCAAGCUGUUAAAAAUUUGGAAUUUGACAGACAACUUGGGCCUUAUAAUCUUAGCCAUUAUGAAGAUUGGAAACGAUUAUCUAAUUUUAUCACAAAGAGCGUCAUUGAAAGGCUUGAGCCCAUUGGAGGUGAAAUCACUGUUGAAUGUGAAAAUGAGAUAGUUCAAAACACUACUAAAAUGCCAAUGGAGGAAGCACUAAACAAGCAACUUAAGGUUGGUAAUUCUGCAACAUCUGUUGGCAAGUCUAAGAGGAAAGGGUGCUAUUAUACCUCAAUUCCACGUGUUGUAAAAUGCAAGGGGAUUAGUGGGCAGGAACUUACUGCUUUGAAUCUUGACAAGACACAAUUAUUAGAAACUCUACUAGCAAAAGAGUAUGGAGGUUCUGAAGACGUGCUUCUUGGAGAACUGCAGUUUGCAUUUAUUGCCUUUUUGAUGGGGCAAUCGCUAGAAGCAUUUCUCCAAUGGAAGUCAUUAGUUAGCCUAUUGUUUGGGUGCACUGAAGCACCUUUCCGAACACGAACUCAACUAUUCACAAAGUUCAUAAAAGUCAUCUAUAAUCAACUAAAAUACGGACUACAAAAAGAUCGCAUGAAUGAAUCAGGAUCAGCAUUGUUGGAUGAUUCUUGGCUUUCUGCUGAUAGCUUUUUGCACCAUCUUUGCAAGGACUUCUUUUCAUCAUUGCUAGAUGGAUCGGUGGUUGAUGGAGAUCUUUUAAAAUGGACAAGGAAAUUUAAGGAGCUGUUGGAGAGCAACCUAGGGUGGGAGUUUCAGCAGAGCAGUGCUGUUGAUGGGAUAUAUUUUGAGGAGAAUGAUGAGUUUGCUCCUGUAGUUGAGAUAUUGGAUGAUGAAACUACAAUGGUUUAGAAAUGUGGAUUAUAUCAUCAUCACUUGGCUAUAACAGUUGUUUCUGGGGAACUAAAUCAUGACUAUCACCCACUUUGCAUGGCCUUUGGCCAACUUACUCUAAAUGGCAUAUCUUGGCUCAUGUUGUACAGUAAAUCAUUCGUAAAGUUCACCUCGGCAAAGCAAACUAUAGGAAGAUCAUUUUACAGUAUCUCAAAUUUCAGUUGUUUUGAAGCCAGAUAUUGGAUCUACAGUAGAAAUUCAGUAACCUUUUCUUUUUGUGGGAUAGACUUUCGAUAACUUUGAUGUAGAUUGAUAUUUAUUUUCUACAUAUCUUCUCAAAUUAUGGAACAUUUCUAGCUGCUCAAAUUUUGAUGUAGAUUGACAUGUUUGAGGAGCUUCUGAGAGUUGAGUCAAUAAGAUAAACAGAAGCCGAGAGGGCCGAGCAUGAUGUACUCAAUUUAAAAAGCGGAAAUUCAGCUAUAAAUUUAUAUUAAAA